AUGUAUUAUAAUACACCCAUCACUCCAACUAAACCCUCUUAAUCCAAAUAUUAAUAUUACCACCUUCCAUACAAUCUGAAUUAAUCUCCUUAUUAUUUCGAUCAAUAUGCAACAUAUGCAUUUUGUAAUACUUUUCCUUAUUCCAAUUAGAAACUCAACCUAAUCAACACCUAAAUCAUAAUUCAAAAAGCAGUGUAGAUGAGCAAUAAGAUAACCAAAAUAUGAAAAAUGAUUAGUUUAAUAGUCCUGCCACCAUCAUUAAAGCAAACAUUAUUAACAAUAGAACCAUGAUUUUUACUAAUUAUUUAUAACUUGAUUAUGCAAUGAUCUUUGAAGAAUAACUAAAAAUUAUUAAUAAUCAUUAAGAUUACAUUAAAAAAUUAUGUUCUCUUAGAUUAGAGAUACCUAACAUUCAAGUCAUACUAACUAAUCUAACUUAAUUGAAAUAUGAUAUUUUAUAAUCAUAACAUACAUAAGAUAAAUAAAUAUAUGAAUCUAUUAUUAAACCUAAAACUUAAUAAAUGAUUUAUCAAUCAAUAUCACUUUAAAAGAAUUUAGAAAGUUUAUUAAAUUUGUAAGAAUAACCUAAAAACCCUUGUUUUUAGAAUUAGAAUAAUAUAGAUUAAGUAAUAAAAAAUAGAUUUGAAGAUUAAAUAUAAAUAUUAUAAUAAGAGCUGAAUUAAAAUGAAGAAUUAGCAACUAGUAUGUUGACAUCUAUUAAACAUUAUCAAGCAUAAUUUGAAUUUUUAAAAGAUGAGAAAGUAAUUAAAUAAUAAUAAGAAUUAUGGGAAAAGGAAAAGAAUUAAAUUUUAGAAUAUUUGACUAAUAAAUUAACACAAUCCAUCUUAAAUUUAAUUCAUACUCAUUAAUAGGAAAUGUUUAAAAUAACAUAAGAUGAAGUUUAUCCUAUUGUUCAUUCAAAAGGAGGAGUUGUUUACUUUUAUGAAAUUCUUUCUAUUAUAGAUGGAUAAUUAUAUUCAAAUGAAUAAAUUAAAUUAUAGAUUCAAAAUUAUGAAUAAUAAAUAAUAUAAUUAAAGGUUAAUUAUCAUGAAUUUGAUGAAUUUUAUAACAAAAUCAAAACUAUUUAUAUUGAAAUUGUUUCAUUGUCAAAAAAAGUCAAAUACAUCAAUUGUACUUAAGUAUAACCAUUAUUACAAUAGUAUUAAAUGAGUUAAAGAAGAAAAUGUUCAAAAAGAAUGAAUAAAUUGGAAGAAGAGAUUAAAUAAUUAUUCUUUUAAGGUUAGUUUAUAGAGAAAUUUAAUAUAAAAGUUAAAAUCAAAAAUUUUGAAUCUUAUAAUUUUGAAUAGCAAAUCUAGAAUAUUGAAUAAUUAAUUUAAGAAUUUGAGAACAAUUAUAUUAGAUAAUAAUUUUAAGUUCCAUUUAGUAAAAUUAAAUAAUUGUCAUAAAUGAUUAUUAAGUAAAUUUAUUAUUAUUAUAUAUUAAAGAUUUGAAGAGGAUCAUUAUAAUGCUAAUUAAAUAUAUUUAGAAAUUAAAAGAUUGCUUAAAUCUGUUACAUUUAUAGGAUAUACAUCAUAUUUAAAUGAAACAUUCAAUAAUAAAUAUAUAUAAGGAUUGCAAAGGAUAUCUUUAAAAAAGGGACAUUUAUUAAGUUUCAAAUUUUGUAAUUAAGAGAUUCUAAAUAAAAUUAAUAAUUUAUUAGAUUUUUAAUUUCCUUAUUUUGAUUGGAACGAGAAAUUAGAUUUAGAAAAAGAUAGGAUAUAUCUUAUUUAAGAAUAGUAUAUUUGGGCUAGAGAAACAGUGAUUGAAUUGAGUUAAAUAAAAGAAUUAUCUAAUGAGAUAAAAAUAAUGAAAUAAUUACUUAAUUUAGAUAAUGAAUUGGAAAAAAGUUUAACAAUAAUUGAAAAGUAUUUAGAAUUGAAGGAUAAAUUAGGAAAUGAAAGAAUUGAUUUAAUUAGUUGGCCAAAAUAAUAAUUAGAAUUAGUAAAUGAAUCUAGUUAAUUUUGCAAUCAUAUAUUAUAAUAAAUAAAUGAUAGAAUUAAUGCCAUUUAACAAUUAAAUGAAAUAUAAUUACUUACAAGAUUAGAUAAAAUAUUUUCUGAUUUUAAUGAGUAAAACUAAUAAUAACUAUUAUAAAUAUCUAAAGAACUUAAAAAUAAAGAAUUUUCAUUAAUAAUUAAACCCUAAAUUUAAAUAGUUCAAUAAUUUAUCAAUGUUUGUUUACAACAUUUUGAUGAUGAAAUAGACAAAAAGUUUUGUUAGACUAAAACUUAUUAAGAAUUAGAAGAUGAAUUAGGUGGAAUUACUAAGUUUAAUUAAUUAAGACAUAUUAAUGAAUAAAAUAAAUAUAAUGAAGAAUUAAGAAAUUUACUUUAUGAUUAAGUGAGUAAUUUUAUGAAAUAAAAGCUUAAAAGUGAUUUUUCAAAUUUGUUUUAAUUGAAAGUAAUAUAAAGUUAAGGUGGAACUAAUAAUUAUGAUCCAUACAAAUUGUAAUUAAGAACUGAUAUACUAUAUCCUAUAUAUAGACCAGAUAUCAAUUAAAAUUAAUAUUGUAUUUAAGAAAAAGUUAAGAUUGAUAAUAUUAUAGAUUAACCAGAAUUAAGACAAUUAUUUUAAGAAUUUCGAUCAUUUUUAAAUCAAUGUACAAUAAUUAUGAAAAAUAACAAUGAUGAUAAUUUAAAUGAUCAAGAAUUAAUUCUAUAAUUAAUUGAAGCUUUUGAAAAUUCAUGGACACUUAAUAUUCACUUAACUGAUCUUUAGUCUAUGAAAUAAUUUCAUAAUAAUUUAAAAUAGUGGCCAGAAGUAAAAUAAUUUGAAUAAUAAUUAUUACCCUUAGGUAUAGUAUUAAGAGAUGAAUAUUCAAGAUAUUUAGAUGCAUGUAGAUAAAAAAUAAUAUCAUUAACAACUUUAAGGAUAAUAAGUAUUAUUGUAGAUCCAAAUUAGGAAAACUUAAUAUAAGAUAUGAUUAAAUUCAAUUUUAAUGGAUAGGUGUGUUGUCUUCAUGAAUUAUCCUUAAAUUACUUUUAUAGAGAUUUUUUAUCAAUAAUAGUAGAAUCAUUAGAAGGUAAUCUUAAAUUAUUAAGUAAUCAUAUUGUAUUAAUUAAUGGAAAACAAUUGUAAUAUAAUGAUCAAAUUUUAUUAUGA